AUGGCGACAAGUCGCCAAGGCGUCGUCGCACACGCGAUGAUUCUCCUUGUCGCGCUCUCAAUCGCUGGGUCGCUCGCGCCAGCGUCAGCGUCCACGUGGACGCACAUGUGGAACCAGACCGUCGAGUCGCCUUUUAGGCGCUUCCUAAAGCAAGUUAAAGCCACUCCGCCGAGCACCUCCGCCGUUUCGCCGUCCGCCUGCACGAGCGUGCGCGCGCCCUUUUACCCUGCCGGCAUGCCGCGCAUGCGCUCCUCGUGGUACCUGCAGCGCUUCCUGAAUAUGCAGCGAAUCCAAAUCAAAUCGUCCACGUGGGGCAGCUGGUGGAACCCCACCAAUGGCGGGCGCGCGAAUUCUUUAAUCGGGCUCUCGCGCGGCCAGCCGUCCGUGCGCGUGGUGUUCAGGGUUGUCGUGGCGGGCCCGAAUAAGAUCAAGCUGCUGACGAAUGCGAACGCGUACCUGAGCGUCGCGAAAAUGGUGGGUUACCCGUCGCCGGCGCUCGUUACGACGAUGAACGGCAACAAUCCGUCGACGGUGUUCCAGGUCUCGCGAUCCGGCGUUCACUGGUUCUUAUACUCCGCGACUGCUAAGGCGUACGUGGGAGCGAACGGGCAAGGCAAGCUAAUGGUCUGGAGCAAAACACCCGACGCGUUUCAGCGGUUCCGGAUUAUCGAGACUAAGGAGGUGCCCGCGAUUCGCGGCGUGAAUCUCGGGAGCUGGCUGGUGUACGAGAACUGGAUGGAUCCGUACGUGUUUCCGGCAUCCACGAAUUACCUGGACGGAACCAAGGUGGCGUUCCAGAACCGGAUAACGAGGAAGUACAUAACGAAUAUGGGGACGCAGCUCCAGUGCAACAAGGACACGUACGGAGAUCUCGAGACUUUCCGCGUUCAGACUCUCGCGCCCAACAACCAGACCUACGCGCUGCUGUCCCCGUUCAAGCUGUACAUGAAUCUCGGCAAGGGGUACACUUCCCCCACUGCGGAGUCCCUGAGAGUUAAUUCAGACACUCUCUGGACCAUUCUGGUGAACCCCAGCGACUCGAAUCAGAUCGUGAUCCGCGCGCCCAACGGAAACUAUCUGGAGGCCAACAGCGACGGCAGCCUCACGGCCACGGGCAGCCCCGACCUGGUCAACCUCGGGGACUCCGCGACCUUCGGAACUAACCUCGCUUUCAACAUCAAGAUUAUCAAGACCAUAAAGUACGACUGGCAGCUAGCAUACCAGCUACAAGGCGCCAAGACCCGUCGGAUCGAAAACAUACGAUCAACUUUCGUGACCGAAGCAGACUGGCAGUACAUGCGCUCUCAGGGAGUCAACACCGUCCGCAUCCCAGUCCCAUACUACAUCUACCAGCCUCGCCCAGACUUCCCGUUUGUCGCCGGCCUGGGGAAAUACGUCGACUGGGCGAUGAAAAUGGGGACCAAGUAUGGGAUCCGGGUGUUUCUGAGCAUGCACAUGGUGGCGGGGACGCAGUCGGGCACGUUCGGGUCGAGGCUUGGGUACGCGGAUUUCGCCAAGGGUGGGAACAAGGCGAAGACGCUGCAAGCGGUGCGGUGGAUUGCAAAGCGGUACGGGAGCAACCCCGCGUGGAUGGGCAUGGGGCUUAUGAACGAGCCGAGCCUUGACGUGCCGCUCCCCAUGCUUAAGACGUACUACACGCAGGGCUACAACAUCAUUCGGCAGUACAGCCCGUGCGCGUACGUGUCAAUCGAGGGGCAGUACGGGCCGUACGACAUCAUGAGCACCAUCAACGAGCCCAACACGAUGGUGGAGAGCCACUUCUACAACGUGUUUCAGAGCAAGACGUUUGCGUCGGCCAGCGAGGAGAUUGCGUGGCUGCAGAUGCAGAGGACUCAGGAUAUCACCAGUUAUCAGAAGUUCGGGCGGCCGCUGCUGAUCGGAGAGUUCAGCAACGCGAUGAAGUAUACCAAGCCUACGGCAGCGGAGCAGCAGCUCUUUUCGCAAGCGCAGUUGCAGACCUAUGGGCAGGCCACUGCUGGCUGGUUCUUCUGGUCGCUCAAAAUAAAAAAGUCGAACACGUUUCACUGGGACUUCAAAGCAAGCACGGAGAGAGGGUGGCUGCCCAAGAAACCAAAUGGCUACUGGUACUGA